AUGAAGGAUGGCAUAACCCUAACACCAGAGGAAUGGGAUGAGCGGAUUCCAUCAUUUGCAGGUGUUCGUCAGACGUCGUUCUGUGAGUUUGAGAGCGUGGCGAAAGAGCACUUUGUGCCUGUGAUGGGAAAGUCGGUGUUUGGCGGCUCUCUUAUUGCGCAGAGUAUGGAGUCGGCAAGCAAGACAGUUCCGCGACAUAUGGAGCUUCAUGGCAAAUUCUUGGAUCGAGCAAACGUCAAUGAUUAUAUCCACUACUUCGUGAAAAAACUACGUGAUGGGCGCUCUUAUGUGUCGCGCCGGGUCGAUGCAAUGCAAGGAACGACGCUUCUUUUUACAGCUACGAUGUCGUUUCAGAUGCCCGAGCCGGAUCAACCGCAGUUUUUUGCACCACCUCCGAAAAUUGUUAUGGAUGGUGAUUUCAAGCUGCAGCUUAAUAUCCAAGAGGGGCAAAAUUUCCUCCCCAAAGAAGUGCUGGCUCCUGAAAAAUGCAUGCUGUCAUACAAGCGGUAUGAGCAUCUUCUAUCGACGAUACCGAAGGACGAUCCGAUGUACGCCAUGUGCGCUAAAUGGACGGAUGACCAGCGUCACGUGUAUCCAGUAGAGUAUCGACCGGCUGUACCGACAAUGUACGAUAAAAACGGGCACCUCCAGUAUGGCACGAGCGUAGCAUAUUGGGUUCGCUCGCGUGGCAAUAGCCCUGGCUCGAUCAACUUCCAGCGUGCUAUGUUGGCAUUUCAGACAGACCAACUCCUGCUCGUCAACAUGCAAUCGAGCAUACGCUCGCUCGUACCCUCGAUGAUGGCAUCUCUGGAUCACACGAUGUGGUUCCAUAAUGACUUUACUAUGAAAGAUUGGCUUUUGAUGGUGAUUCAGGAGGGCGUUUUCCGUUAUGAUACCAAUCCAGCCUCGCGUCUCUAG